AUGGCAGCUGAGGGGCAUAAUGUUGAUGCAACUCUUUUAGCGAUUGGUCGUGAUCAUGGACAUUAUUUUGUUCGAAAAACUUUCGGUAAACCUACUUAUUGUCAUCACUGCUGUGAUAAAAUAUGGGGAAUGUUAACGCAAGGAUACGCUUGUGAAGGUGAGAAUCGCUCGUCAGAGACAGAUUUGCAGACAGAAGAAGAUCCGCAAUACUAUUUGGAUUCUACUUUUGAUAACAGAUUUACUCCGCCUAACAGAAAUAGGAAGAUUGAAGACAUAUGCAAUUUCGUGUGCCACGAUCGUUGUCUUAAAACAGUUGUAUCAUAUUGCAGUGGUGUUGCCCUACAAUUAAUAAAAAAUCCAGUCGCUCAUACUUGGUCUGAACCAUCUCACAUCAAGCGAAAGUUUUGUUGUGUUUGUAGGAAAAAGACUGAUGAUACAAAUACGAUGGAAUGUGAAGUUUGUGAAUAUUAUGUUCACGAAGAUUGCAUGGAUCUAGCUGUUAGUGAUUGCAAGGAAGCAGCUACAUUUGUACCAAAUUUGGACAAAAAUAAACAAGUACAGCAUCACCAUAUGAGGGAAGGAAAUUUGCCAAGAGAUUCGAAAUGUGUGAUUUGCAAGAAGCUUUGUUCCUCAUAUGAAUGCCUCGCUGGUAUGAAGUGCGGUUGGUGUGCAGCGACAGCACAUGCCAUAUGUUAUCGGCAAAUGCCUCCGGAAUGUGAUUUUGGAGUCCUUAGGAAAAUAAUGCUCCCACCUAAUUCACUUACAAUUCCUCGCACUGAACUUUCUAUGGAACAGCUGUUGAAUAUUCGUGGUGGAGUACGAAUUGAUGCAACAAGUCAACCAUCGACUUCGCCAUCGCGACUUUUACCUGAAGAUGGUUCAUUUUUCUCAGAUGACUUGAAAGAAAAGGACGAUUCAGAGAUUUUGCACAUUUUUGAUGGUAAUAGCUCACUUAAAAAUCAAAUAUAUCGCACUGCCAGUGUGCCCAAAACUGCAUCUGCUCAGCAAAUACGUGAUACUUCUUUAAGAAGAUUUCAUAUAACUGAUAAUCCUGAUUCGUAUUAUGUCACUCAAGUACUCAGUGAAGAUGGAGAUGAAGAAUUGCUAGAGGAUCCAGUGCCGUUAAGAAAUGUUAGGAGGCCUGAAGGUCGUCGUGCUCAGAUAUUUCUUCGUUACAAGGAUGAUCCAGAAAAAGCCACUGUGAAGUUAUAUGGCGGCUGGCUUAGGGUUCCUGUGACGUUUUGCUCUAUCGUUGUUUCAAAAGAAACCCUGGUGCAGGAUGCUAUAGCAGAAGCUUUAAACCGUUUUGGAUUAGAUCGAUCAACAGCUAAUCGAUAUAAUCUUAUUGAAGUCUCUUUAGAUCGAGGUAUUGCUGAAAGGACGGCAAAUCCUCAAGAAAAUAUGCUACAGUUGGUUAGGAAUUUAAGAAAGGAUUCACUUCGUCGUUAUCAUGUUGUUCGAUUUUAUGUUCAAGAAAAGGAAGAUCCUCAUGAUCAUGCCGUUUUUGUUGGUAAUUUGCCUGUUUCUUUGGCGCAGCGUCAGUAUGAACGCAUAUUAUUAAGAUUACUCGGCGCUAAAGAAAAACCAUUUACUGCAAUUGGUCCAAUAUAUUUCGAAUAUGGAUCGCUUGUGAUCACAUUUAAUACAGCUAAAGCAGCUACAACUGCCGUACAGCGUUUACAGAAUUCCCCUCACAUGCUUUCACCAGAUUGUGAACCACUGUUGGUUUUGGUAAAUGUUAAAAGUGGUGGAUGUCAAGGGGGCGAAUUGAUCAAAUCAUUUAGACGGUUGCUUAAUCCGUUUCAAGUUUUCGAUGUUGUGAAAGGCGGGCCACUUGUUGGGCUAUAUGUUUUUCGUAAUAUUCCUAAAUAUAAGAUUCUCGCAUGUGGUGGCGAUGGCACAAUUGGUUGGGUGCUUCAAUGUUUGGAUAUUGCCAAACAGGAUGCUGCUUGUUUUUCUCCUCCGUGUGGUAUCGUUCCUCUUGGUACAGGCAACGAUCUUUCACGCGUUCUUAGAUGGGGUGGAGGAUAUACAGGAGAAGAAAAUCCUUUAGAUAUCUUGAAAGACGUUAUUGAAGCUGAAGAAGUGAGGCUUGAUCGGUGGGCCGUUGUUUUUCAUGAGGAAGAAAGAACACAGCCUCCAACGACUUCUGGUGUGCAACCAAGUCCAGAUAACGACCAAAUUAUGAAUAAUCCGGAAGAUCAAACAUCAAUGAUCAUUAUGAAUAAUUAUUUUGGUAUCGGGAUAGACGCUGACGUUUGUCUCCAAUUUCAUAAUAAGCGUGAUGCAAAUCCGGAAAAAUUUAGUUCUAGGCUUUUUAAUAAAACUCAGUAUGUGAAAAUUGGCUUGCAAAAAGCAUUUUUUGAACGGACUUGUAAAGAUUUGUGGAAAAGAAUUGAACUCGAAGUCGAUGGAAGAGUUAUUGAACUGCCUAAUAUUGAAGGAAUAAUUAUCCUGAAUCUUUUAAGUUGGGGAAGUGGGGCAAAUCCAUGGGGCACUGCCAAAGAAGAAGGUCAGUUUCAGAAGCCAACUCACUAUGACGGUUUAUUGGAGGUAGUUGGCAUUUCAGAUGUAUCACGACUAGGUUUAAUUCAAUCAAAACUUUCAGCUGGUAUUCGAAUAGCACAAGGUGGAAGUAUCAAAAUUGUUACACACGAAGAAUGGCCUGUGCAGGUUGAUGGUGAACCACAUAUACAGCCGCCGGGAACCAUUACUAUACUUCGAUCGGCACUGAAGGCGAAAAUGUUGAAGAAGGCGAAAAAAUCGCGUCGUAAUGCGGCAACUUCAUCAUCGCAAACAGUGGUACGUGCUGUGCAAAGUGAAGGUUCACCUUCGUCAUCAUCCGGUGCAAUGCAUUCUACGCCACAUUUGGGUGUUGAAGUACAACUCAGUCAUGGUAAGAGUACACCCGAUGAGUUACAUACAGCAGCAAACAACGACGAUGAUGAAGAGGCUGACGCAUUUUUGUGA